GGAAAAGUUUGGCCUGGACUUAUCGUUUGUGUAUUCAAAUUCCAAGCUAUCCAACAUAAAUGCAAAAGCUAAAAGGAUAUCCAAGCCAUGAAUGGCCUCAAUUGAAUGCACCUGCAAAACAACAACUAACCCACAUACUUCUUCACCUGUUUAUAUUUACUUCACUCUCCAGUCCUUUCUUAUAUUAAUCGCUCCCUUUGCCAAGCACUUUGCUCCACCAUCUUCUCUUUCACUCUUCUUUUUUGCCUUCUUUGCCUCAAACCUUCUUUUGUUUCUGUAGCUAGGAAAGAGCAGAAGACAGAAAAUGGAGAGGGAGAGAAACAAACAGGUUUCUCUGCUACUGCUGACUUUGGUUGCUGGGUUGCUGUCUCAGAACUUGCUCAUUCCUGUCAUGUCCAUAACUAGUGUGGAUGAUCAAAAGAACUAUUACUCCCCAGACCCACAUGCAGGAAGCCCCCCAACCCCUACAAGUUCACAUGGGAGUCCACCACAUGGCUCAGGAGGAACACCACCCUAUCAUGGGACCCCAUCGCAUGGCGGCGGAGGUAGCCACGGAACACCACCUUCUAACUGUGGAACCCCACCAAGCGGAGGUCAUCAUACCCCAACUCCAUCCCCUCCUACCGGGGGCAGCAGUUACUCACCUCCAACUUACAGUUACUCACCUCCAACUUAUAGCACCCCGCCUACACCUUUCGUUGGAACUCCACCUUCCACCGGAACUCCACCGGUCACCCUAACCCCACCAUCCAUUGACCCUGGCGUCCCCACCACUCCCACUCCCGGCAUCUCAUUUCCCACCCCGCCAUUUGCUUUUGAUCCCAACUCACCACCUUUUUCAUGCAAUUACUGGAGGACUCACCCGACGCUGAUAUGGGGUGUGUUGGGCUUUUGGGGGACGUUGGGCAGUACAUUCGGUGUCACAAGCGUUCCAGGGUUCGGAUCAAGCAUGAGCUUGCAACAAGCACUCUCCAAUAGCCACACCGACGGGAUUGGGGCACUCUAUCGAGAAGGCACGGCCUCUUUCUUGAACUCCAUGGUUGAUAGGAGGUUCCCUUUCACUACUCAGCAAGUCAGAGACAACUUUGUCGGAGCAAUCGGAUCAAACAAGGCCGCGGGGGCUCAGGCCCGUGUCUUCAAGCUUGCCAAUGAGGGUCGGCUGAAGCCCAGAAACUGAAAAAAAAACAAAUGCCACUUUUAGUUGACUUAAUUACUCAGUAUCUAGUAUUUCCAUGUUUGAUUUUGGGAUGUACUUGCUUUUAGGUGGUGUCUUUAUCUAUUUGGUGGGAUUUUGUGCUUCUUAAUUGAGUAUGAUGUUAUAGUACUAUUUGAAGAUGGAUACCAACUUUAUGUUUCAAUUAUCAGUUAUAAAAUAAUAUUAGGGGUUUGGGUUGUGCUAAGUAA